ACAUUACUAAUGACUUCCUUUUAGAUUGACGGCUUAUAUAAGCUCUAAACAUUGUUCACCUGGCAUUGUAACAUACGACUGAUUGCACUGGACACUGAUUUGUCCAACAUUUAGUGGUUGAAUUGAAAGUUACUUAGGCCUACCAGUAAGACAGGCUCUUUACCAAAAGUAGCCUUUUCGCAGUAAUUCUACCAAGGAAGUGAAAAAGAAAAUAUGAAAACCCGAAAAGGUAACUACCUAACCGCAAAAACAUUAAAACGUUUCGGUUCAUUUGCGAUUUCUAAAGGUGAUGCCACAGUCGCGAUGAAAAUGGAGGACUAUUUCAGCAGAAUGCAGAUCAGUUCUGACUGUGUUUCGUCAAAUGUUAGUGAUGUCUUUUCUCAGGACGGAGACGGCGAUACGUAUCUGCACCUUGCUGUGAUACAAGGGGACGAAAGACUGUGCUACUAUUUCAUUGCCACAGCUUCGUGUGUGGACCUGUUGAAUCUACAGAACCACCAGUUCCAGACGCCGCUCCACUUGGCGGUUGCGACAAGACAACUGGAAGUAGUCAGACGUCUGCUCGAGGCAGGCGCUUCCCGCGAUUGCAGAGACUCGCUGGGCAACACGCCCCUGCACGUGGCAUGCAGAGAAGGCCACGCCGACGUUGUCGCCAGCCUCCUGAGUGACGGCAACAACGGCAAGGGUGUAGCACAUUCCAAGGAUGUAGCGUUAAAGAACUACGACGGCCACACGUGUCUGCAUAUGGCAGCCAUGACAACAAACUUUACAAAUCUGGAUUUACUUCUUGAAAAAGGUGCCGACAUUAACGCAGGGGACAUGAAAAGUGGUAGAACUAUUUUGCAUUACGCGGCAGAACUGGGAAGCGUCACGUUGACGAAUUACCUCAUGCAGCAGAAAAACUUGGACAUAAACAGGGUUACGUAUGGCGGGAAAACGGCGCUAUCUCUGGCGGCUGGGAGAGGUUUUCAUGGGAUUGUGACAGUUCUUCUUUCCCAUGGAGCAGACCCUUCGCAGCUGUAUGUUCAAGAUUCAGAAUCUGACGAAAGUGACAUGGAAAUGUAAUUCUGUCAGUACUUGGAAACAUUUACUUUUGCUUUACAUGUAACUUAUACGUGUUUGUAAUUUAUGAAACUGUAUGAUAAUGGUUGUGUUUUGUUGCCCUUGGGAGUACCGUACUGAAUAUUCACAAUCGGAACAAUUGAUCAUAGUGUACCUAAUUUAUAAUAAUAUAUGCUAAUUUAUACCACUAUAUUGUGGUUAUCUGAUAGGGUCUUUUUUGUGAAGUGUUUUGUGAUUUUUGGAGUGUGUGGGUUGUGAUGAUUGUGAUGGAUUCUCUAGAAAGUGGCAUUAUGAUAUGAUAAUUUACACGUAUACUACUAUAAUGUGGUUGUUGUCGGAAUCGAUUUUGUAAUGAUGGCAUAGUUUGUUAUAAAGUACUGUUCACUUUUGUCUUGUAUAAAGAAGAUAAUUUACAUACGAUAUUAUUUGUAGUUUAGAUUUGUACUAUAUACUGUAAUUACAAGCAGUAAGAGACUGAAUGCCACAACAUUAUAUUGUUAACAACAUAUACCUCAGAUAUACGGCACUACUAUUUUUGUAUCAUGUAUUUAAUAUAAAGUUAUAUUUUAAAACUGAG